AGGAGCGAAGUUCUAGGGCUGAGCGUUCCUUUUUCAGCGCCUGGCCAUGCAGGCGCUCGCGGAUACCUGCCCUGCUUGGCGCCGCGUCUGAAGAUUCGCCUCGCACAACAGUUGAGUCUCCAUCUGGCUACCAACCCACCCGAGCUUUCUUCUCCUCCAUCACCACCUUCCUGUCUCCCCCUCCUCCCCCUCCUUUCCGUCUUCCCUCUCCACCCCCGCCCCCAAUCUCCUCCUCUUUUUCUCACUACAAGCGGUUGCUGAUGCUGAAGCCGAGCGUCACUUCGGCUCCCAAGGCAGACAUGGCGACAUUGACAGUGGUCCAGCCGCUUACUCUGGACAGAGAUGUUGCAAGAGCAAUUGAACUACUGGAAAAGCUUCAAGAAUCCGGAGAAGUACCUGUGCACAAGCUACAGUCUCUUAAAAAGGUGCUUCAGAGUGAGUUUUGUACAGCAAUCCGAGAGGUGUAUCAAUACAUGCAUGAAACGAUCACUGUUAAUGGCUGCCCCGAAUUCCGUGCGAGGGCCACAGCAAAGGCAACAGUUGCAGCCUUUGCAGCCAGCGAAGGUCACUCCCACCCUCGGGUAGUCGAACUGCCAAAGACUGAUGAAGGCCUGGGUUUCAACGUGAUGGGAGGAAAGGAACAGAAUUCCCCAAUUUAUAUCUCCCGAAUCAUCCCCGGAGGGGUAGCUGAAAGACACGGAGGGCUCAAGAGAGGCGACCAGCUGCUUUCAGUGAACGGAGUGAGUGUGGAAGGGGAGCACCACGAGAAAGCUGUGGAGCUACUCAAGGCUGCGAAGGACAGUGUGAAGCUGGUGGUCAGAUACACCCCAAAAGUCCUGGAGGAGAUGGAGGCUCGUUUUGAAAAGCUGCGGACAGCCCGGCGCCGGCAGCAGCAACAAUUGCUCAUUCAGCAGCAGCAACAGCAGCAGCAGCAGCAACCACAACAAAACCACAUGUCAUAGGCCGUGAAGAAAAGCUACCAGGUCAACCAUCAGACAGUCAAGAAUUUGAAACAGUGCUCCAGAAUCCCAGCACAUAGAAAAAGGGAAAGGCAACACCAAUAACUGCACCCGUCACAAAGCUGUGAACACGUGCUGUCUCCAUCCUUUACCACGGCAGUUCAACAUCUUCCUCCUCUGGGUACCAGCCCCCUGCUCAUCGCUUUUUACCCACUCAGAUCUUCCGUUCAUGGCAGUGGAAACUCCCAGUGUGUUGAGGGAGGGACUUCUCCAGUCUGCAGACUGAAGCAGUGUAAGAAUAAAGUCUGUGACUUUUGAACAAAUCACCAGGGCUAGGAUUAAGUGAUUCUUUAGUCUGAGGCUCUUCUGGAGGUUAGUGAACCCUUCAUUAGGCUAUAGUUCAAACUGCAUCAGUUCAAGGUUGUGGUCACUUGAAAGUAACCUACACAUUGUCCCUUGCCCUCACCGCUUUCAUAGUCUAUAUUGCUGAGCUGUCCGAAUUGGAAUUUGAUUUAGUUAUAAACCCAACCUCUAUUCUCCUCUUGAAAAUGGCAAGUUCUUAUCUUACAUAAUCUCUUUAGAACCUGGAACCAGUUGGCUUUCUUAUUUUCUGUUUUUAUCCAUUUCUGAGUAUCUUAGAAGAGUAGGAUAUUUUAGCUGAACUUUUAAUUUUUAGAAGCAGGGGUUGGAACUCAACGCUGUGCUUUUUAAAAAUUUAAGUAUUAUUAUAUCUAUUAUUAAUUUCAACAGAGUAUAACGUAUAUUUAUUCCACAAAAUACUUAAGACCAGAGUACACUUGCUCUAACUUGGUUCUUUGUUUACCAAGAUUUACUACUCUGGUAAGAGAUUAUCUUCACUUUAUGAACUCAUCCUCAGUUAUGUAUAACCAGCCCUCCAUAUUUUCUUGUUAAAUUUUAUUUAUUUAUUUUUAUUGAUAAACUUUGGAGAAGUCUAAACCCAUCCUGCACACAUUAGUGUGCUUUCAUAGAUAUCUAUUUGAUAUUUCAAAUCUUGGAGAUUUAUAAAACUGAAUUAUAAUAGGUACACAUAGAUAUACAUCCAAGGGGAUAUAUCACAGAAAGUUUUGAUUAAUUUCCCUAAAUGCAAACAGUAUAUUUUUGACAGUCUAGUAUCAAAGGUAUUGGCCCACUUACAUUGAGGUAUGUGAAACCCAGUGAUACCAGUAUUGUGAAUGACAGACGCUGCUUUCUCCAAAGAGAAAUCUAUUCUAGUUUGCAUAUUCCCACUUGUAAAUCCCCAAUAAGGUUUUUCAACUUUCACAAAAAUCUGUUAGGGCAUCCUGGACACAAAAUACUUUUUUAGUUUAGGGUAAAUAUAGGCCCCUAAUAUGGUUUUCCAUACUGUAAUGAGAAGGAAACUUUAAUUAUCUGGGCACGUAAAUACCUUAAGCACAAAAAUGUACACAUACAUACACACACACACACACACACACACACACACACACACGCACGCGCACACAAAAGAAUAACUGCCUAGUUAAACCUAGUUGAACUGUUGAAAUAGAGUCAGAUAUUUUACUAUGUCCAAUUUUACAAACAGAAAAUGGUUCCCCACCAAGACACAACAAACCUGAUAUUUCAGAUAGUCCUUCAACAUAAAAAAUUUCUGAAACAUGGCUUACAAGCCAUCUUUUUGAAACUAAACAAAACCAAUUAGAUUUGCCCAGCAUGUUUUAUUGCACACUGUUUGGUGGCUCUAUUGUCAACAGGAAUGCCUUACUGCUCUAGAUAGUGCAUCACCAACCAGGUGACAAAGAGUGAAAAAGCCAAGAGCUACACCAAUUUAUUUCAAGACGAUUCUGUUGUGGUAACAGGUUCCCAUCCUGAAAAACAUUAUUUUUUACAAGAGAGAAGUUGGGGAAGGCGUCAGCAAGAACCCAGAAUGUUAUAUAAAAUAGGUCAAUAAAAGGGACAAGCAUGAGAAAAAGAAUGAAGUGGAGACAAUGUGAAUAUUAUUCAGUUUGAAAGAUAGUCCUCAUUUUUAUAAGAAAAAAUAAUAAACCUAUAUUUUAGUUAUCAUUUAACAAAGAAAUAUUAAAGCUAUUCAGAAGAUGCCACAACAGUCUCAUAAAAGGAAGUCAUCUUACCCUUACAGUGAGAAAAUGGUCAUUUCAAUGAGUUUCAGUACAUUGUAUAAAUUUGGAGCUUAAGAUGAGUACGUUUUCACGUAGCUGUUAAGCGUUUAGUUAAUCUCGAAGUCAACAUAUGGUUUCCCAUCAAUACGAGUAUUGUCAGAAACAGCUAUGAAAUAAGCAGAUGCUUUCCACUGUUGUUUUCUUGAAGUCUCUGUAUUUUAUGCUUCAUUCGUACAGUGUGUCGUGCUGAUAAAUGUAUACCAGGUUGUUUGUUGAGAUGAAGCAAUCCAUCAUAUGUACAGAAGCCAAGGAUAGGUUACAUGUCUUAGUGGGGCUCACGUACAAAUGACUGGUUUACUUCAGUGAAGUAUAGCUUGUUGAAAUGCAAGCAUUUCCCUAAAAUUGUGAUUACGCGUGACAUCCUCAAAGAUUUACAGUGCCACCGAUGGGUCUCUGAAGUUUCAUUGAAGCAAGACGGAAAAGGAAGGACAAAUCUACCACAAUUUGGCCUGACAUUCUCUAUUCCUAGAAAAUCACAUAUAGAGCCAUUGCCAUGGCUGAUGUCAUCCGUUCAAAGAAAAAGGCAAAAUAGACGACUCUUCCAUUCCAUUCAAUACAAAUAUCAGAAAUGUUGUGUGAACAGUUAGGGAGAAACGGCUGUGACUUCUCAACAGGGAUCUGAAGUGAAUCUCAGUUCUGUCCCCGGGUCAAGGCAGUUAGACAGUGCAACAAACCUCUUCUGCGCGUUUUCCCUGCUGCAAUUUCCGAGGCAAGCCCAGAAGGUCAAAGAAUCACUGAACCUCUUCAUUGGAGCAUUUCUAUUUUGAUUCUCUCACCAUUUACAACGGGACAACUGCAGGGGGAUAAUGGCCCUAAAUUACAAUCGACUUUGGAAGAAUAACGGACUUUGUCUUCCUCAAUCAAGUCAUCAAUAGGAAACUCUCUAGCAGUGAGAGCCACCGCUAUCUCUUAAGACUAUGCUAAGAUCUAAAUGAAAAGUUUAGCAUCCAGGGGCUUGUUAAAAACUGGAGCUUGUAUCUAAAGAACUUAGAGACAAAUUACACCCAUUUGCAAAUGAGGUUCUCAAACGUGACACCAAGCUGAUUCUAUUUCCUUUACGUGGGUGCACGUUCAGGGCACCGAAUGUGGUACUUUGCUUUCUGCAUCUAUUGCUAUCUAUGGGUGUGUGAAUGAGUGCCUGGAUUUUUCACCUUUUUAGCAUGGCUUUGCUUUUAAGCACUCAUAGGUGAUAUUUAAGAGUAGCUUCAAAAUUCUCAAAAUUGCAACACAGAUAAAGAUCAUUCCCUGAGGAUUCAGGGAACCCUUUGAGUAUGACCUCCCCCCACAUUCUGUCCUUAUUUAGAUCCCAAAUAAGACCAAGGGAUGUGACUGCAGCCCUGUGGAUGGACUGGCAUACUGUGGGGCACUCAAUGACUAUUUCUUAAAUGAAUGAAUGAUUCAAGAGGGGAUAUAUGAAUUAAUUUUGACUUGACUAGCAUAUUAAUUGGUACAAGAAUCUCAUAGUCAGAGCCAGGAUUUUCUCUAAGAUAGGAUCUGGAAUCAAAUUACAUGAACUAUCUCAAAGAUUUAAGGGUCUGUAAUUCAGGGGAAAUGCUUGGGAAUUCAGAUUUACAGAAAUUUAUAGGAGUAGGAAAAAAUCUCCCCAGUUCUUUACAAAAGCACUUGGACAACUUGGCAUGGGUGCUUCAAAUAAGGAACUUCAUUUCCAAAGUUUACAGAAGACCACGCUUUAGUUUCUUUCUGAAAAAAAAAAGUUAUAUUGUCAAGCAUAUUAAAUUCCCCUGUGAUAUUUCUAUUCGUUAAAGCAGUCCACGGUCAAUGAAAACAUCGUUUCUAAACUUUCUGCUUUCCAUGACCACUUUCUUCAUCCUUGAUUCCUAGAAUGUACCUGAGCUUCAGAUUGCUCCCAUGUCACCCCCCCCCAAAGUCUCCAUGGAUCUAUUUAUUUAACAGAUAUGCCUGUGUCGCUGGUGUGUGCUAGAUUCUGGAAAGGCAUUGAGAAGGAAGUCAAAUGUAAUGCCAUGCCAAUGUUCACAGUGAGGGACUCCUUAGCGCUUAUUCUGGUCAAAAUCCCUGGGUCCUCUUCACACAUGCUAGAACAAAAGCAAACCCUCACCUCAUGGGAGGCAUGAAAUAUUUCCUGCAUAAUUUGCGUGAGCUUGCUUUUCUGAACAUACCCCUUAAAUGUGCCACAUAGUUUAACCAUAAAGCAAACUUACAACCCAGUGACGUAGGCAGUUGUGACAGUCUUAACCAUGCAGUAGUACUUACCAGGCUGCAGCUUGUGUGCCAAAUGCCUACACAAACACCUCCCUAGGACAGCUCUACACACUAGGCUCUGCUUACACCCAGGAAAACGAAAGCACAGACUGCAUGACUUUGCCAAGGUCACCUGAUUCGCUGGUGGAGUUGGGGCUUCAACCCAUGAAGUCUGACACACUAGUUCAUGUGCCUAACCAUGAUCUGUGGACUGUGGGAGCACUAGUAUAUUCAAAUGGAUGAGUCGUUGUAUAUAGAAAUACCCUGAAUUUGCAAAGUAGCAAAUAAAAGUUGUUAGUAAAUUACAACUCAUGAUAGUCAACAAAUCACAUCAGAAAUAAAAACAAAACAGGGUGAGAACUGAAUCUUACUUCAUAGUACAUUUAUGAACAGUACUUCAAGCCAGGGACAGGCAUCCAGGUUCCAGAUCCAGAUAAUUUCUAUUUGUGAAAACGUUUCAAUGACUUCAGACGUAUUUAUUGUCAGCCACUGUGUCUAUCUGGUGCUACAAAAAACCGAAAGAACAAAAACCCCCGCUCUAAGGGCUUCUACAUACACAGUGCAGAGAUGAACUAAGGCUAUUUCAUCUUUAUAGGGAAGGAUUGGCCAAUUGUACCGUUUCUCCCCCGUUGCAUUGCAUGUACAUCGUGUCUUUCCAAUUGUUUUUGUUGUUUUUACGAAAGAGCUGCAAAAUUGUGCAGUGGUUCAACCUGACCAAAGUGGUAUUAUGCUGCUGGGAAGUAAACGUAUUAGACACCAGACUGGACAUACUGUUUUUAUUCACAUCCCAGGGAUCAUCGGACGCUGAGCCAUGUGUUUAUUUGGAUAUGAAGUCUCAUAUGUGUAUUCCUAACAUAGGUUUCGAUCUUGCUGUGUAGGGUUGAGGUUCUUUCCAUAAAGAAAGAACACAAGGUCUUCUUUCCCAUUUCCCCUUCCCUGCAGAGACUCGAUUUUACAGCGGGGUUGUUGAAUGCUACAAGUGGAUACCAGAACCAGUAUGGUUUUUGAAAUCUCGUCACUUGUUUUGGAUGUUUUCUUCCACACCUUUCUAAGCUUUCCUACAGAGAAGUAACCCCGAGUUUUAGAAUCCUGCCCAUGCUACCCCACCUAGCCAUUUUUUUCUAACAUGAAUGCUGGGGAUUUGAACUCACAUUCUCUUGAUUAUAUAGCACUUUACUCUCUGGGUCCUCAGACAGAGAUUUAUCUCUUACUCACUCAGCUUUCCUGACCUG